CGCCGUACAAAGAGACACAGAUUGGUGUCCAGUGGUGGCGGAGAGGUUAUCUCCUCCCCAUCGCUCGCCGGAGACUACUGUUCGGAGGCAUUCGAUGAAACCGCUCCUCGUUGGCACUCUUUCUCUUUUGGAAGCUUAUCAUGAGAGCUCUAGAUCUUCUUCUUUUGCUGUUUGCGGUGAUUAGGGUUGUGGAAGAGGCAGCGGCGGAUGUCGUCGGAGAGAAGGAGAUAUUGUUGCAGUUUAAGGGGAAUGUGACGGCGGAUCCUCGCGGAGCGCUUGCAUCGUGGGUAGAUGAUGGCGGGAAUCCGUGCAGGGAUUUCGCCGGAGUUACUUGUUCGGAUGCGGGGUUCGUGGUGAAGAUACUUAUCCACGGGGCUGAGCUUAAGGGCACGCUGUCGUCCUCUGUUGCUGGACUAAGUGAUCUUCAGAUUCUCUCGCUAUUCGGGAAUCGUUUCUCCGGCGGUGUGCCGGUGGAGUAUGGGGGGAUUGAAACCCUAAGGAAGCUUAAUCUCAGUCGUAAUGAGCUCUCCGGUGGGAUUCCGGCGUCACUCGGCAAUAUACCCUCGCUCCGUCUUCUGGAUCUGGGCGGGAAUUCCUUUUCCGGUGAGAUUCCGGGCUCUUUGUUCAAGAACUGCUUCAGGACGAGAUUCGUCUCUUUCGCACAUAAUCGCCUCUCGGGUUCGAUUCCGACAUCCAUCGCAAACUGCUUCAAUCUGGUCGGUUUCAACUUCUCGUUCAACAAACUUACGGGAGAUUUUCCGCCGGAGAUCUGCGCGCCUCCUGCAAUCACAUUCAUUGCGCUGGGAAACAAUUCUCUCUCAGGAACGGUUACGGAUAAGAUCUCAUUCUGCCGGAGCUUGGAAUUCUUCGAUCUCGGAGGCAACUCGUUCUCCGGAUCAGUGCCCUUUGAUCUUCUUUCCCUCACAAACCUGAGUUACUUCAAUGCUUCAUUCAAUCGCUUCCAAGGAAUCAUCCCGGAGAUCGGUACCUGCAGCGAUAAAUUGAAGUACAUUGAUGUCUCCGGGAACGAUCUAAGCGGAGCGAUUGAUCCCAGCAUUGCCAAUUGUGCUGGGCUGAGGUUCCUGGAUUUAGGUUUUAAUGAGCUAACCGGAAACAUUCCGCAUGAGAUUGGAUCGAUCAAGUAUUUAUCAGUUCUCCGGCUGGGCAGCAACGCCAUUACCGGAACAAUCCCUUCUGAACUCGGAGAGAUGGAGAUGAUCCAGGUUCUAGACUUGCACAAUCUUCAGCUCUCAGGAGAAAUUCCACCUUCCCUGACCCACUGCCAGUUCCUCCUCGAACUGGAUGCAUCAAGAAACAAACUACAGGGAGGAAUCCCUGAGACGAUUUCCAAAAUGACCUUGUUGGAACACCUCGAUCUUCAUCACAACGAACUCAAUGGCACCAUUCCAUCAUCCCUCGGUCAACUGAUCCGUCUUCAGUUCCUCGACCUCUCCCAGAACUUGCUCUCCGGAUCCAUCCCUCCUUCCCUCAGCAAUCUAUCCCUACUAACCCAUUUCAAUCUCUCCUACAAUAAUCUCAGCGGCGCCAUUCCUUCUGCUCCAUCAAUCCAACAAUUCGGCUCCUCUGCAUUCUCCAACAACCCAUUUCUCUGCGGUUCUCCCCUCAACAUCCUCUGCGGCGGACACCGAAGAGCAAAAGUUCUGAGCGUUACUGUAAUAAUUGCCAUUGUGGCGGCCGCCUUGAUCCUUGCCGGAGUAUGUGUGGUUGCAGUGAUGAACCAAAGGGCUUACAGGAAGAAGAGUUUGGAAGAAGAGAUGCUUGUUUCUGAGAGCACAGCUCCAGCUUCCACCAGUUCAAACAUCAUCAUAGGAAAGCUCGUUCUUUUCAGCAAGAGCCUGCCGUCGAGGUACGAAGACUGGGAGGCUGGCACGAAGGCGCUGCUCGACAAGGACUGCCUGAUUGGCGGAGGCUCCAUCGGAUCAGUCUACAAGGCGAGCUUCGAAGGCGGAGUAACCAUUGCCGUGAAGAAGCUGGAGACGCUGGGAAAGAUCAGAAACCAGGAAGAAUUUGAGCAGGAAAUGAGCCGACUUGGAGGUAUGAGACAUCCAAAUCUGGUGGGUUUCCAUGGAUACUAUUGGUCCUCCACAACGCAGCUGAUUCUAUCCGAAUUCGUCCCCAAUGGUAGCCUCCAUCAACAUCUCCAUGAUUCGAACUUCUCCAGCAGCAGCGGCGGCGGCCGAGGCCAGCUUUUUUGGUCCCGGAGAUUCGAUAUAGCUCUCGGAACUGCGAGGGCUCUCGCCUAUCUCCACCAUGACUGCAAGCCACAAGUUCUGCAUCUAAACAUCAAAUCCACCAACGUUUUGUUAGGCGAAGGUUAUGAGCCUAAGCUGAGUGACUAUGGGUUGAUGAAGCUGCUGCCGAUUCUUGGAAGCGGUGAGCUGACCAAGUUCCAUACCGCCGUCGGCUACGUCGCGCCGGAAUUGGCGUCACAGAGCUUAAGAUACAGUGAGAAAUGUGAUGUUUAUAGCUUUGGAAUCAUUCUUUUGGAGAUUGUGACGGGGAGGAAGCCUGUGGAGAGCCCUGGAGCGACACAGGUGGUGCUGCUCCGUGAUUUUGUACAGGGAGCUUUGGAUGAUGGAGCUGUUUCGGAUUGCUUUGAUAGGAGCCUGAGGAGAUUUUCGGAGAGGGAAGUGAUUCAGGUGCUCAAGUUGGGACUUUUUUGUGCCGACGAUGCUCCGGCGAAGAGGCCGAGCAUGGGGGAGGUGGUUCAGUUUCUGGAAUCCAUCAGGUCCGGCAACUCCUGAUACUUGUGAUGAGAUAAGCAGACUCUGAAGUUGAUCGGAGGC